GGCGGCGUCAACAUCUAUCCAACGUAGCGUUGAUCAGUUUUGUUUCUAACAUCAUUGUUGAUUUUUGCUCAGUUUAUAUUGUUUACAAUAUAUUCGUUAAAUUAUACACAAUUGUUAUUGUGUGUUGUUUAGUACUGGUUAUAGUGAGUGAAUAACUUGUUGUUAACCUGAAACGCAAUGGCUGUUUCGAAAUCAACAAACACGUAUAAUCGUCAAAAUUGGGAAGAUUCGGACUUCCCAAUCUUGUGUCAGACGUGUCUUGGUGAUAACCCCUACAUUCGUAUGACUAAAGAGAAAUACGGCAAGGAAUGCAAGAUAUGUGCACGACCCUUCACCGUGUUCCGUUGGUGCCCUGGCGCGAGGAUGCGUUUCAAGAAGACGGAAAUAUGUCAAACAUGUUCUAAACUGAAGAAUGUUUGCCAAACGUGCCUUUUGGAUCUCGAAUACGGAUUACCAAUUCAAGUUCGAGACGCUGCAUUGAAAAUACAAGAUGAUCUACCUCGUAAUGAAGUUAAUAAGGAAUAUUAUAUACAGAAUUUAGAUAGUCAAAUGUCGAAAUUUGAUUCAACGCAGCCAAGCAAUUCAGCUUUGAAGUCAAAAGGAGCCAACGAUUUGCUGCUACGGUUGGCGAGAACCGCGCCAUACUACAAACGUAAUCGACCCCACGUAUGCUCAUUCUGGGUGAAAGGGGAGUGCAGACGAGGUGAAGAGUGUCCUUAUCGCCAUGAGAAGCCCACUGACCCUGAUGAUCCACUAGCUGACCAGAACAUCAAGGACAGAUAUUAUGGAGUGAAUGAUCCUGUGGCUGAGAAGUUGAUGCGUCGUGCUGCUGCAAUGCCAGCCCUGCCUCCACCCGAAGACAAGACUGUCACUACUUUAUACAUUGGCAAUCUACCCGAUAAUAUUAGCGAAGAUGAACUUAGAGGUCACUUCUAUCAAUACGGAGAAAUAAGGUCUUUGACUUUGGUGCCUCGAGCGCAAUGUGCCUUUGUACAAUACACUACGAGAAGCGCUGCAGAGCAUGCUGCCGAAAAGACAUUCAAUAGAUUGGUCAUAGGCGGUAAACGACUUACCAUCAAGUGGGGUAAAUCUCAAGGACGCCAGGGUGGUAACGAGAAGAACGAAACUGCGCCAGUGUUGGAGCCGGUCCCUGGACUGCCCGGCGCUCUGCCGCCACCUCCAGCAUACUUGCACCCGUUCCCGCCGCAGAUGCCACCUCCACCAAAUCGUCCAAACGACUUCUUCAACUUGCAUCAUUAUGGCGGCGGAGGCUGGCCUAGUUGGGGUGCAGGCGUGCCUGGUGUGCCUGGAGUGCCGGGCGUCCCUCCCCCGCCCGCCCCGCUAGCACUCCACUACCCGAGCCAAGACCCCGCCCGGCUCGGUGCUCACGCACAUGCUAACCAACCACAAACAUAGUACUUAAGUAAUUGUAAUUUGUUGUUAUGUAAAACAGGUUGAUUGCUGGCAAUGUGUUGUCAUAACCUGCGUUAUGGAUAACGCACGCCUUGUCAUACCUGCCAUUUGUAAAUUAUGUACAAGAUUGUACAAUGCUAUCAAAGUGAUAGCAUUUUAGACCAAACACUAUUUGUAUUUUGUAAAAUAAUUGUGUAAAAUGUGGCUGUGCAGUUUUGUACAACUUUGAACUAUGUCCUUUGUGCCACACAACUCGCAUGGUUAAAUGCUUGAGAUCACUUGUAUUUAGUUAUAGUAUAAUUUGUUAACUAGAUUAGGAAAAAAACUGAAGAUUUUAUUAAUAAAUGAAUUGUGUAUAAUA